AUGGAAAAGUGGAAUGGAAAGACUGCCAUUGUGACUGGCGCUUCUGCUGGAAUCGGCGAUGCUAUUGUGCGCGAUUUGGUAAAGUAUGGAAUUAAUGUAGUUGCUUUAGCUCGUCGUAUGGACAGAUUAGAAUCUUUGCAAGAUCAAUUAAAGGAUGAACCAGGCAAGGUCAUUCCAAUAAAAUGCGAUGUGUCUGACAAAACUUCAAUUGAUAUUGCAUUUGAGGAGAUUGAAAAGCAAGUUGGAACAGUUCAAAUUCUUGUCAAUAAUGCUGGAAUUUGUUUGAUGAAUGAAAUGUUUGGAGACGAUGACGACAAGAUCGAUGGAAUCAUAUCCAGCACAAUCAACACAAAUUUCCUUGGACUUGUAAGAGUGGCUAGAAAAGGCUACAAACUUAUGAAAAAAUCAGAUGAUUAUGGAAUCAUCAUUAAUAUUGGAAGUAUUGCUGGUCAUAAUGCAUCCCUUGAUUUUCUCGUGAAUGUUUAUCCAGGCACUAAAUUUGCUGUCCGAGCUGUCACUGAAUCUAUGCGUCAAGAACUCAAUAAAUUAAAGGAUACAAAAGUCCGAGUUUGUGAAAUCAGUCCCGGUGGGGUCCUGACAGAAAUUGGAGGUGACACAAUUUUCACACCUGAAAAGAGAGCAAUUCUCGAAAGCGGGGAGUAUCCAAUGUUGAAAAGCUCAAACAUUGCACAGACAGUAUUAUUCAUGUUGAUGACACCUUAUGAUGUCAAUAUCACUGAGAUGAUUGUUAAGCCGGUCGGAGAAAAGAUUUAA